UUCAUCCUCGCCCGUUACGGCUCCAGCCUCCAGCGCGAUCAAUAUGAACGUUUAGCGCGUGUAAGAAUUUCAACGUCUGUCCUCCGAACAACUUUAACGCGGACAUGAGCCAACCAGUGGAAUCGGCGAACCGAAAUGGGACCAGUCAUAGGAGAAGUGUGCCGACAGAGGGGAAGCAGCACAGGAGUGACAUGGCACAGCAGGCACGUGUGCGGCAGCGGAAGGAACCUCCAGUCCUGAAGAAUGCAGCUGCGUCUGUCUUUGCUGAGCCCAAACUUCCCAAUUUCUCGGGUAUCACCAUAAGGAGCAAGAGGGAGUUUCCAGAGAAGCUCGAUGACCUCAAGCACGAGUUGCUCUGCGAUGGUAGCAAGGGUGACAGGCAGAAGAAAGUCGCACCAAGCUCGGUGUCACGGCCUGCUUCGUUGACAUCACUGACAUCUUUUGCUCCGUCUGCGGCAAUGAACCGCCAGACCAAGUCGGUUGCUGUGGAACCAGUUACCUUUGGUCUGUUUGUGGACGACUCGAAGGUGUCCUGGGACUUCGUUCCUUAUCCUCGGUCGUCAAGGGACCCAAAGACUGAACCCAUCGGCGCUCUACCUCUGUCAACACAAGAGUACAAGCUACUCGAAGACCUGAUCUAUGUCAUGCUGGGCGUCGAUGCGAUCUACAUCCGGUCUCAACCGCUACAGAACCCUCAUGCAGAGCGAACGUUUACGAUCGACGAAUCGGCAGACCCUUCGCUGAAAGAGAUGGUGAAGAAGAUUCUUCCUCUUUGUAGCCACUACUCAACAGUUGUCCGGUUCAUAGAAGAGAAGCAGGGGCAUGGCCAGGGCAUGGUGAACCAGGCGCUGGCCGCAGCCAUGCGGGAGCUGCUGGACGACUACCUGGUCCUGGUCACCCAGCUGGAGCACAAGCUGGUCAACCAGGGGGCGUUGACCCUGCCUAAGGCCUGGUUCUACGUCCAGCCUUCCCUGGCCUACAUGAGCGUGCUGGCCACAUGUGCGCAGGCUGUGUGGGCGAGGCAGUGUUAUGGAGGCAAGACUCUGGGUACGUUGCACAAACAAGCCACGUCAUUGACUGGUGACACCAAAGCAAGAGACAUCUGCUUGUUCCUUGCGAAAGCGGCAUCUGUACCAUAUUUCAACAUGCUCGAAAGUUGGGUCUACAGAGGGUGCAUAAAUGACCCAUUCAAGGAGUUCCUGGUGGGAGACAAGAGCCAGGUGAAAAAAGAGGACAUGUCCGUCGACAACAUGGACAACUACUGGAACAGCCGGUAUGCUUUGCGCUCCGAGAUGAUUCCGGGCUUCCUGCGGUCGCUAAAGGACCGCAUCCUCAUAACGGGCAAAUACCAGAACGUCAUCCUCCAGUGUGGCCAGAGGCCGGCAUCAUGCUCGGGUGACGGCCGGCUGUGCUACUCGCUCGACGAACGCGAGUACACAGAGAAGAUUGACACCGUGUACCACAAGGCAAGCCGCAUGCUCCUCAACCUGCUCAUGGACAAAGUGGACCUAAUGGGACGCCUCAGGUCGGUGAAGCACUUCUUCCUGAUGGACCAGGGUGACUUUGUGGUCCAGUUCAUGGACAUGGCGGAGGAGGAGCUUGGCCAGAACAUCGAUGACAUUGUGCCCACCCGCCUGGAGCUGCUGCUGCAGCUGGCGGUCUCCACCAGCUCAGUUGGCAACGACCGAUACAAGGACUGUGUCAAGCACCAGAUCUUGGAGUGCAACCUCGCCUCCCAGAUGGAGAAGCUGAUGGGUGACGAACCUGCACAGGUCCAGUCAGAAGAGCCUUCCAAGACUAGUCUAACACACAAGAAUGCCCAGACACGUGUGGUUGUUGGCCAUGAGGCAUUCACGCUCAACUAUGACGUCGAGUGGCCCCUCAACCUUGUCCUCACUAGCACCAGCCUGGGUUGCUACCAGAUGGUCUUCAGGUAUCUCUUCUACCUCACACACGUCGAGCGCAUGCUCUCCAAGGUUUGGGUUCGAGACAAGGCUGCCAAGCAGCGGUCGGCGGCAUACCCUGUCGUCGCGUUCGGGCUGCGCCAGCGAAUGAUGCACUUUGUCAAGAACCUGCAGUACUUUGUCACCGUCGAGGUCAUCGAACCCAGCUGGCAUGUGUUCCAGGACCGAAUGCAAAAGGUCCAGACGAUAGAUGAAGUGCUUGAGCAGCACAUGGACCUGACAGAGUCGUUUGUCAGCAUGUGCAUGCUGACCAACAAGGAGGUCUUCAAGCUCAUCCACGACACUCUGCAGCAGUGCCUUCAGUUUACCUCGUUCAUGCUGAGCGACACUAAAGUGGAUAACUUUGAGGAGCAGGUGAACAAGUUCCAGCACAGCUUCCACAUCCAUCUGAGCUCACUACGCAAGAAGCUGCUGGAAGAUGGUGCAUCAUCACACUCCACCCACGAGAUAAACCUCGCCGAAAUGCUUCAUCGGAUCGAUUUCAACCGAUUCUACUCGAGUACUCCCGAGUAACUGAAAAGCACCUAGAGGAACCUUGGCAAUCCCACAAGCAACUUGUCCAGCUGGCUGCAGUGCGACCAGAGGAGCGGCUUCCACACUUUCAGUGCAAGCUUUCUGUACAAGUGUGUACGCCAUGCCAACUUUCUGUUGUGCGAUAACUGCUACUUACUGCCGUUAGCUUGUAACCUCAAAUUGGCAAGUUGCCAAUUCCGUGUUUGUCACUUUUUUUGUGGCUUGCAAGCUGAGAAUGCAUGCCGUCUGUGCAUGGCAUGUUGUCGUAUCUGUGGGAGUGGGAACUCUUGACCACGAGCUGCAACGGUUGAAGCACUCGUUGAAAUGAUUGCAGCGUCUUGCUCACCGAAAGUGGUGUUGAACAGGAGUCGAGACAAUGUGAACCCUGUGGGUUAUGGUAACGGAGCCAAACGGCGUGCCAAGUGGCCGAGAUUAACUAGCGAUUGUGUCACUAGGGGAUGCGUUGUAUGUUACGUUUCUCUGGCGAUGUGUGUUUUUGUUUGCCAAGGUGUUAGUACAACAUAGUUUGUUGUUCUCCAAUGCCAGUGACCUCUUGUCACGAUCUUGUUUGUUGAUAGUGUAUGCUGGUAAUACGAAAAACGUUGGCUGCAUGCCAGCUGGCAUCCAGUGUUACGUGGAGUCAUCGUGACAUAGAGUGAACGCUAGUGCACCCGUAUUUACCAUUAUGAAAAUAAGUAUGCCUUUUGUGUGUUGCAUUCAUUAUUAUUCUUUGGACCCUGCUGUGCAUGUAAUUUCACAGCAAUGUGAGUCAGGAGGUUUGAUUUAUGUUUUCUGUAUUUCUGCGUUAAGCUUAACUGGUGUCGUCGUAUUAUGAACAUUGAAGUGCCAUUUGAAGGAAGCAGCGCCAGCUGUGUUAUGUAAACUUGUUGACUGACUGAAUCUCAAUUUUGAGGUAUAUAAUGUCUUGCUCUUGAUUUGUUCAUUCCAAUACGAAUUCAUUUAAAGGAAAUGAGUCAUUUUAGAAAACUGAUUUUGGAUGUUCCUUGUGUUCCUGCGUUGCUUUAGAAGUGAGUAGUUUGCCUUUUUCUUGUUUUUAUUUGUUAAUGCUCAGUAGUAAUGAGGUCUUAACUAGGUUUUAAAAUCAAUCCUUUUGCACUCACACUUGUGCUUCUUUCUGAACUUACUACAUCGUUAUUCUAUUGCACACUCAAUGCCAGCAGUCACUAGCACCAAAGAAAAGAAGUUAUUUCAUCAGUUGCUUUUUAAAUUUUUGUGUGUUAUUAACCGCUGGUGGACUUUGCUUGUUCAUUCUGCUCAUGUCAUAUCCCAUCUGUAGCUCUCACCCGCCUUUUUAUUUUCUUGUUCUGCACAGGUGAUGUAAAAAACCUGUCUGAGGCAGAAAGCACAACUACGUCUCUUCAGAGGGACUGCUUCAAUAGGUGGACACUUCUAGAACAAAUCACAGUGUCCACUUAGCUAAUUGAGAGACCUGGGAGAAUUUCCUGCAGCUGCAGUGGAAAUAUUACAGUGGGGUCGCAGUGCAUGAAUGCUUGUCUACCAUGUUUUGGGUGCACGUGAAAGAACCCCAGGUCCUCGAAUUAAUCUGAGGGUUUCCACUAUAGUGUGUCUCAUAACUCAUGUUUUGCUAUGGGUGCAUUGGAACCCAGCAAUCAGCCAUUCAGACAAGCCAGGUGAUGGCAGAUGUGUGAAUUUAUUAGUAAUUCCGAGGAUAGCAUCACUUUCGGGAUAUCAAUCUUCAAUAUAUGCUACAAAAUCAUUGGCAUUCUACUUAGCCAUGUCCCGCAGUAUGUGACGGAGGCUUUUUAGGAAGGAAAAUGUCAAGUGUGAUGACAGCCUACCUUGUAGCUUGUUUUGGGGACUCCGGCGGCAAGUGGAAAGUUAAAGUGAAAAACUGUAGAGUAAGUAAGUGGACAUUGCAAUUUUUCAUCAAGUAAUGCCUGCAACAUUAAGUAAUAUUGUUUGGUACUAUCCGGCGAUACCUGGCUUGACCAGUUCCAAUGAACACGCAGUCCUGUUGCACAUUGGUUCACGUCACUUCAGUGAGCAUAUGCAGAGCAUGACAAAAUACUGUGGUUGACAAAAAAAAAAGUGCAUUUCCUUGUGUGUUCAGGCUGCACAUUCCUUAUGAUUUCUACAACUCGAAUAGAUGAAAUCAUGCUAUCUUCCAUGGGCCAUAUUUGAAGAAAUUUGUUUGGAAUAGAAAAGAAUCAGCAGUAUGCUGUCGACAAAACAUCACUCCAUUAUCUGCACAAAAUCAAACAGUAUUACUGUUUGUUGCCCUUUCCCCUGUUAAGCAUGUUGUCUUUCUUGCAUCUCAAUGUGUGCCAUCUCGACCAGUUAUCUUCAGGUCGGCUGCUCUGGUAGAGGCAGGCAGUCUGUUCUCUAGUGAUACGUUUUAGUGGGCAUUUGAUGCGUACGCCAUGCAUUUGAUCUCGUUGUCCCUUGGGCAGAGUUGGGACCGUUUCAAGGAACUUGCACUGUGUGGUAUUCGAAGUGGGCAUUGUUGAAUGUACAGCUCAUUGCGAUCCCUUUGUUAUAAUAAAGAUACUGCAAAUAU